AUCGUAGAUUUAUUCGGGGCCGGAGUGCCUACGCUUGCACUCACUUAUCCAACGCUUUCUGAACUGCAUCAGGAUGGACAGGCUGGCUGUCACUUCUCAAAUUCUCAUGAACUCGGACGACAUCUGAUUCGUCUUUUACAAUUUAGUUAUUUGCCAGAGGAACUUUCUUAUAAAAACAGCGAUCAGACAUGUCGGAACGGACAAGUUUGUGAUCAUGACGUGGAUAGAUGUGAUUCAACCUGCCGUAAAAUGCUCUCUUCUUCCUUCGGAAACCAAGAACUGUCUAAAUAUCGACUAUAUCUGCAAGAAUGGUCCAGAAAUCCAGAAAAUAAAUGGACGACAUAUUGGAAAAAAGUAGUGCUACCCUUGGUCAUAAAUUACCACUUUUAA